CUUUCCUCCCUUCCUUCCUCCCAGUUCCUGCUUGCUGCAGCUGGCAGCCCGCCAUGCCCAAGUGCCAGGGGCUGGGGCUCUUGCCAGGGCUGCUCCUCAGCCUUCUGGGGAUGCUGCUGCUGUUGCUGCUGCUGCCCUCCUCCUCCUCCUCCUCUGCUCUGCCUCCCAACUUGGUCUUCGUCCUGGCCGACGACCUGGGCUGGCACGACGUGGGCUGGCACGGCUCUGAGAUUCGAACCCCGAACCUGGACGCCUUGGGGGCCCAAGGGGUCAGGCUGGAGGGCUACUACACCCAGCCCCUCUGCACCCCCUCCCGCAGCCAGCUCCUCAGCGGCAGGUACCAGAUCCAUACAGGUUUACAGCAUGAAAUAAUUUGGCCGUGUCAGCCCAGCUGUGUCCCACUGGAUGAAAAGCUCCUGCCUGAACUUCUUAAAGAAGCAGGAUAUGUUACUCAUAUGGUGGGGAAAUGGCAUCUAGGAAUGUACAGAAAGGAAUGCCUUCCAACCCGAAGAGGGUUUGAUACUUAUUUUGGGUACCUUCUUGGAAGUGAAAAUUACUAUUCUCAUGAGCGCUGUGUGCUCAUCGUAUCAAAGAAUGUAACCCGGUGCGCUCUUGAUCUUCGAGAUGGAGAAGAAAUUGCAGCUGGAUUUAAAAAUAUGUACUCUACUAAUAUAUUUACACAAAGAGCACUAGAUCUCAUAGCAAAUCAUCAACCUGAGAAGCCUCUCUUUCUGUACCUUGCUCUACAAUCUGUCCAUGAGCCUCUUCAAGUACCUGAGAAGUACACAGAACAAUACACUUUCAUUAAAGAUGAAAAGAGGCGCAAAUAUGCAGGAAUGGUAUCCAUUCUGGAUGAAGCUGUAGGAAAUAUCACUGCAGCCCUGAAGACAUAUGGACUUUGGGACAACACUGUUCUCAUUUUUUCUACAGAUAAUGGAGGCCAAACUUUGGCAGGUGGAAACAAUUGGCCAUUAAGAGGGAGAAAAUGGACACUGUGGGAAGGAGGAAUGAGAGGUGCUGGGUUCGUUGCAAGUCCUUUACUGAAACGGAAAGGAGUGGAAAGUCAUGACCUUAUCCACAUUUCUGACUGGCUGCCGACUCUGGUGAAACUUGCUGGAGGAUAUACAAAUGGCACCAAGCCUUUAGAUGGCUUUGAUAUAUGGAAAACACUCAGUGAAGGAGAACCAUCACCCAGGAAGGAGCUGCUUCAUAACAUAGACCCAAUGUUUGUGGAUCCAUCUCCAUGUGCAAGUAGCAGCCAAGUGACUUCACUAUCGAGUAACUAUUUUUCAUGGGAAGAUUCCAUUUUCAAUACUUCUAUACAUGCUGCAAUUCGAUAUAGAAAGUGGAAAUUACUUACGGGCAAUCCAGGCUGCAGUCGCUGGUUUCCACCACCAUCUUUGUUCAAUGAGUCAAAGACUCUGUCAUCUGACCCACCCACAAAGAAACUUUGGCUCUUUGAUAUCAUUCAUGAUGCUGAGGAAAGAAAUGAUUUAUCUGAGCAAUAUCCUGACAUUGUGAAAAAGCUCCUCAUACGCCUCCAGCACUACUAUAAGAACUCUGUUCCUGUAUUCUAUCCAGAUGAUGACCCCCGCUGUGAUCCAGAAACAACUGAAGCCUGGGGGCCUUGGAUGUAGUGGGGAGAGUCUAUGCACCACUGAGGAUGUAAAUCUUCACUUCAUUAAUUCUAUACAAGAAUGAAUAAUUGCAUUUUUUUUUCCUUACUGAGCAAGAUUACAAAAAAUUCUGCUCAUGAACUUUGGCACUUCAGCACAUUUUUGAGACAAAUUCAUCUGUGCUGAAAACAUGCAGAGAUUUUAUUCAAAAAUGUGGGUUUAGUACAAUAUUUUUGCACAAACAGUAGAUUCGGAACAAAAUACACUGGGGUUUGUGCAAAAAUAUUUCCCUCAUUCAAGAUUUUUUUCCCCUCACACACAGUUUCUAUAAACUCCCAAAACUGCAAAGGCUCUUGCAGCAGUGACCAUUUUCUCAAUGGAGUGUCUCAAUACUCUCCUUGCACAGUACACAGCUUUUUCCUCCAGUACUUUUGUGCUAUUUCCCAGUUCCUGCUGCCUGAAAUGACUACCUCUCUCUGCCAAAUGAUAGGGUCAAUUCUGCAUGAAAAGUACAUGUCCUUGUGUACAAGGUGCACAAAUAUACACACUUGAAUCAGCCUAGAAACUCAAGGAAACAGGCAGAUUCUUCUGCUCUCCUUUAUUUUUACUUAUUUUUACUUCUUUGGCAUCAGCUUCAGUCCUUUGGAUUCAGUUCUUUCUCAAAAGCCGUUUGGGAGAUCCAGUUUCACCUCUGAUUGUGUCUGAAGUUCUCUUACAGUCAUAAAAUAUGCUAUUUGGAUGUUAGUUUUUGUCCAUGACAUGUCUCCAAAGCAGAGUGUAAAAUGAUGCCGCCUUCCUAAAAUUGCUGGCCAGCUGGGAAACAUUAUUUUUGUUGGAAAGCUCUGAGUCUUGGGGGUGGGGGUAGGCUUUCUAAAUUAUUUUACAUUUGAAGUCAAAUGCCUGAUUGCAGUCUUGCCAACAGCCAGCCUUUACUAGAGGAUGACAUUGUAAAGAAAAAGAAGCCAGUUGCUGGAAUUCUCAUGGUAUUCUUUUUUCUCACCUUUACCUUGUCAUGCUAUCUAUAAUGGAACUAUUCCAAAAUACAGUAAUUAUGAGCACAGCCUCUUAACUACUGCUCACCAAGGUCCUAGUGAUACCUGGGCCCAGAUCAACUCUGUACCCUAAAAAACAUGAUUUUUAAUUUGUAGUUGGGGUAAGAAGUAAAGUUAUUAAGUUUACGAACUAAUUCAGGAUGGUAAAAGCAAAAUGAAGAACUCCAGAAAAAUCUCUCAAAAAAGGCUGAUGAGAUAAUAAUUGAUAUCUGCUGUCCAAUAUAAAUAAGCAUUUAAAAUCUUAA